AUGGCCGCGUUUGAAUCGUUUUAUCAAGAUUUGAAAUCGACGGAGAACGCGGAUUCGGUGUUGACCAGCGAGCAGCAAAUCGAUCGGCUCCUUCGUCCCGGCUCGACAUAUCUGAAUUUGAAUCCGUUCGAAGUGCUCCAAAUCGAUCCGGACACCGAUUUGGAGGCGGCGAAGAAGAAGUACAAGAAAUUGUCGCUGCUGGUGCAUCCUGAUAAGAAUCCCGAUGAUCGCGAUCGAGCCGAUCAGGCGUUUGAUAUUGUUAAAAAAGCCAUUAAACAAUUGGAGGACCCCAUUGAGAUCAAUCGAUGUAAAGAUUGCUAUACUGAAGCGAAGGCUCGACUCGCGAUUGUGAUGUCUGAAAAGAAGAGGAAGCUGAGAAAAGAGGGAAAAGAGGACAAAAUUGCAGAAGAUGAGCCGGAAGGCUAUAAAAAAGCGCUUUGGGUCACUGUAACCAAGGUGUUUGCCGAUCGGGAAAAGAAGAGAAAAAUGCUGGAAGAGCGCGCCAAUGAUGAGAAGCGUCGCGCGACAGAAGCGAUGGCGGCGGCGGCGGAGAAGCGCAAACUCGCCGAGGAGUUUGCAAAGAAUUAUGAGGAGUCGCGCGACGAGCGUUCGGGCAGUUGGCGAAAUUUUCAGGCGAAAAAAGCGCGAAAAGAGGAGAAAGGGAAAACCAUGCGCGGAGCAUCGUUUAAGCCGCCGAAAACCAAAAUUCAAAAAUAA